AUGCUUGUAAAAGAUGACGACAGUGUGAAGGCACAGGCCACGAGGUGCAAGAGGAAGACUGCAGAGAUGUUGCUGACGAGGUUGCAUUAUCCCGAACACGAUAGUCUCUCGCGUGGUGUUGUGGUCCGGGAGGCCGAGUGCGUCGAAGGAGAUUCAAACGCCUGGCAUGUGGUAGACUUGAGGAUGAACCUGCGUUACCGUGUUAGCCGUCGCCAACGCAGCAGCCCUGUUAGCAGCAACAGCAGCAACAGUGGUGGUGGGGGCGGAGGAGGAGGCGGUAACAGCAGGAUCCACCACCGUCGCACGCCACUCUCACCCGCUCCACCCCGAGCCCUCUCCGCCAGCCGGCCACUCAAGUCUCCGGUUAGAGUACCGAGAUCUCACCGAGCGGUCAAGAAGUCUGGCCAUACGUUUGAGGAACAAAAUGAGAAUCUAGUGGUCUCCCCUGCUCAGUACAACAGUGUCGUCAAUAUAACGGUAUCUCAGCACACACCCCUGCGUGCCCGGCGCUAUCCCAACAAGUACUCCAAGUGCAGCGUGAGUUCUGCAGCUCCAGUCGUUGAUUCGGAUAACAACAUUGUGUCUACGAAUUUGCUCAAACCGAGGCCCCUUAGAGUUAGCAAGCGUCAGAACGAGUCUCCAGCAGACUAUAAACCUCACUCCCCCAGACGUGCACACAACCGUCAUCAUCACAUCUCGCAUCUCCCCGAAGCAUCAAAGAUGUUGAAGGAUGUACAAGAGAUGAAGAAUUCAGCAAUGGACACAUCCCUGUUUUCGCCUGUGUAUUCAGUGGACUCUGCCCCUCCAUCGCUCUCCCCGGCCCUGUCUGUGGAGGAUGCCUACCCAAUCGAGCGUGUCCAGGAGGAGCUGGAGGAGGAGGAGGACAAGGCCAGCCUGGAGGGGCGGCUCUGCCAGGAUGCCUCGCGGGGCUCUGAGCUCACUCCGCUCUCCACACGGAUCCAGCUCGACAUUCCGCACAUCCUCGACCCCCCCACACCAGACUCUCCUCAGGGUCUUGAUCCUGAGGAGGCAGACAUGAUGAUUGCGCAAGUCUCCCAGUGUGCAGUGCAGGAAAACAAGGAGAAUUAUGAGGCCGGAGGGACGUACGAGACCUCCUGCGAUGAAGGGUACGAGGAGUGGGAGGCUUUCGACCCAUACUUCUUCAUCAAACACCUGCCUCCUCUCACCCCAGAGAUGCGUGCCAGAAAUCCAGCGUUGCCUCUGAAAACACGAAGCUCGCCAGAGUUUACCCUCGUCUUAGAUCUGGACGAAACAUUAGUACACUGCAGCCUUCAAGAGCUUGAAGAUGCAACACUCAGCUUCCCGGUGGUGUUCCAGGAUGUCAACUACCAGGUGUUCGUGCGCACACGACCUUUCUUCAGAGAGUUCCUCGAGCAUGUGUCACAACUGUAUGAGGUCAUCCUGUUCACAGCCAGCAAGAAGGUGUAUGCAGACAAGCUCAUGAACUUGCUAGACCCACAGCGCAAGUGGAUCAAGUAUCGGCUGUUCCGCGAGCACUGUGUGUGUGUGCAGGGCAACUACGUCAAGGAUCUCACCAUCUUGGGCCGAGACCUUUCCAAGACCAUAAUCAUAGACAACUCGCCGCAAGCAUUCGGUUACCAGAUCAACAAUGGCAUACCCAUUGAGAGCUGGUUCGUGGACAAGGAGGACCGAGAGCUGCAGAAACUAGUGCCCUUCCUCGAGUCCCUGGUCGACAAGGACGACGUUCGGCCCUUCAUUCGCGAGAAGUACAAACUGGAGACAUAUCUGCCACCAGAUUAAGUGUCGCCGCCUUUCUGCAGACGACAGACUCGUAUUUGAUAGUAGUACAAUAGGUCCACACUGUUAAAGUUUCUUUUGUCUCUUCAGUUAUUAUUACAACAUUGUUACCAUUAUUAAUAUUUUGCAUUUUAUUACGUUGACAUGUUCAUCUUUAAUGGGUUUAUCUUUUUUUUUAUUAUUAUUGUUAUUAUUAUAAUUCUUUUUAUUUUGUUAUUAUUUUUUUUCUCCCUCCUCCCCACACAAGUCAUGCACAACUUUUUAGUAAGAUGUGUUUGAGAAUCUGCUAAAACUGUGUUACCAGUGAAAUCCCCAGUGAAAACUGUGACAGAAAACAUGACACAAGUGCAGUUAUAAAGUAUUAACACUUGACCAAGAAUAUCCCAAAUGAUUCUUCAUUUGCCCCGGAGGAAGUGACUUCUCGUAACUAUGCAUUAAGAACAAGACAAAAAGCAGAGAUGGACUGAAUGAGAGUGCAGAAGUUGGAAAAGACUUUGCUAGGUCAAGGCAAACAAAACAAAAUGAGAAAGAAAAAAGGACAAGAAAAAUGAACAAAAAGAAAGUGUGGAUUAGCAGAGACAAAGGUUAUAUAUCUGAUAUAAUUUGGUAACGUGUAAAUAGUGGCGUGGAUGCAGGAAACACUACAUGCAUCUAAUGCAGAGUCCGAGACACUAGCCAAAGAGCCUCCAAAUAGUGCUCGAUAGUACCAUUUAUCCCGUAAUUUUAAAGUUUUUUCCAGUGGCCCUCGCGGAGGUGGCAUUCAGUGCUCAUAGACUAAGACUUGAGGCUUGGAUGUUCUCCAGCUGAGUGCUGUGAACAUGUAGAGUAAACUAAGAAUAUGCAUGUCAAAAAAUAAAUCAUUAGCUUAUAUUAAACAUAUUAAGGUGUAUUUGAGAAGGGAGAUACAUUCUGUAUGUAAUUCAUCACUGCUUCUUAGAGUCCAUCCCACAGUCACCCUCUCAUGUAAUCCAUGCAUAUACGUAAACAUGAGGUACAUAUGUGAAUAAGUGUGUGUAUGUAUGACUUGAUUUAUACAUGCAAUCACCCUUUUUUGUUAGUACGUACACACUUGUUUUUUCCCCGUUUAUAUCUGCGUGUAUCUUGUGUAGACCAGAUCAAACUGGUUAUCUCUUGCGUCUCGAUUUUUGUCGGUCUUCUUCGCAGAUAUUGUUUGUGUACCUGCUCUUUGAUAAACCCGUUGCAUAUUUCUUCUUUGGCUUCUCUCUGUCCGCCUGAUGCUGGGAGCAAAAUCACACACACGCACACCUGUCAGUAGUUUUGAUUUUUCUUUUCUUUUCUUUUCUUUCUUUUUUCUUUUUCUUUAAUCCCACCACUUGUACAAAUUCAAAUCUCUUAUUCCUUUUCAAAUCUCCUCUGCCUUCUCUCUUGUGGCUCUCCCCCCCCCCCCCUCCCCACACAGAAACCUUCACCGGGUCUUAAAUACAUAUCUUGGAAUUGUGACUUCCUCUCCCUUCUGCCACAGUAGUCUCCCUGCCCUAUAGCCCAUUUGUAGAGCUAGCGUGUUUUUAAACAAGGAAGUCGCCUUAACCCACGCCAGCCCAUCAAAACCCCCCUGACCCCC